UAAGGCUUCUUUACCUUCCCCAUCAGUUCGAGUCCGCGUCGUCAUGGCGGCGGGGCUCUUGCUCUGUUUCGCGUGGUACUUUACAAUUAUAGCGGGAUUUUAUAUGCUUUAUUGCCCUGUAAUGUAUAUAAUGUUUAUCAAUCAUAAACUGUACAGAAAAGUUGUAGACGCACUAUUUGCACUAUGGGAAUUAUAUCCAGUGGCUCUAUUUCAGUGUUUCUUUAAAACUCACUUACAUCAUUUUGGAGAUUACGUAGAUCCAGAUGAGAACACCAUCAUAGUAAUGAACCACAGGACCAGGGUCGACUGGAAUUACGUAUGGAUCGGGCUAUAUCACGCCACUCAUGAUCCCACUGGAGAAGUCUGUAUUUGUAAGGAACCGCCUGAUAAAUUUAAAAAUAGUCGAGAUAUAUUCGACAGAAUUUCUGGAGGGAUAUCAAAAAUUAAAUUUGUUUUGAAAGAUGAGCUAAAAAAUGUACCAGCGAUGGGUUGGAUCAUGCAACUGAAUUUCUUCUUGUACGUGAAACGGGAUUGGCGGGAGGACCAGUUAAACAUGUUGCAAUUUGUCGAAUAUUACAAAAAGUUAAAGUACCCAUGCAGACUGGUGCUUUUCCCAGAAGGUACAGAUUUAAGUGAGGACAAUAAACGCCGCAGCGACAAGUUUGCGGCUGCAAAUAAUUUACCAAAAUUAGAAUACGUGCUCCAUCCACGCACUACCGGGUGGGUCGCACUGUGCUCAGCUCUCCGGGGCUCCGGAUUGAACUCUGUGUAUGACGUCACAGUUGCAUAUGACACGCCGGCCCAAACAGAAGCCGAUUUAUUGCGUGGCUGCAUCCCCAAACAUGUUUAUUUUUAUUUUAAAAAAUAUUCCAUUGAACAACUGCCUGAAGAUGAUUUAGCAUUAAAAACAUGGCUCAAUAAUAGAUGGAGUGAGAAAGAAAUAAGCCUCAAAAACUUCCAUAAAAAUGGUAAAUUUUUGGAUUUAGUCUCCAAUAAAACUCCCAAAGAAAGAGGACCAAGAUCUUUGCGGAAAGCCAAGCUGGCUUUCCUGUUUUGGACCAUAAUAGACAUUGUUUUUAUAUGGGGAAUAUUUAAUAGUGUUAUACUUCAAUUUUGGGUUACGUAUCAUAGUCUUACUUUAGUAUUUGUUACUUGGAAGUUUGGUGGAUUUCAAAAUGUUCAAUGCAAACUUUUGCAAAAGCUAAAAAUUUAAUAUAGGAAAUUAGGUAAUCUAAUAUUUUGUAAAUAAACAUAUUAAAUUUGUGAAUUCUCCACAACGCCAAAGAAACGUUAAUAAAAAUAGUUUUGUAAGAACAUACACUAGCAUAAAUUAUAGGUAUGAAUACUCUGAACCUUUAAUAUAGCUUUACAUAGUGGUCCAAGGAUCCCUCCUUGGACAAGGAUACCGCAACAAUAUAAAGUAUAAUACGAUGGUGAUAAACUGUUCUAUCUAGAGCUGGAUCACACAGGUAAGUCGAAAGGAUAUGAUUUCUAUACUCAGACACACUAUUAAACAGGGAAAGAAUGGGUAAGACUAAAAGAUUAGACAACAAGAACGAAUAACGGGUAAGAUAUAACAAUAAAUUAUAAAUGUAUUUUGUUGAACAUCUUUUCUUCUGUUAAAUUACCUUCAAAACAAUAUUUAAGUACUAAGGUACUUGCACUAAGUUGCAACGUUUAUUUAGAUAUGUUGCAUAAAAGUUGCACUAAGAGUUAUUCUUAUCAGCAUGUAAUUAAAAAUCUAAACUUCAUUAUUAACUAUUUCACACAUUAAAUUUGUUUGAAAUAAUUAAAAAGGGUGAUGUUUUUAGUCUCUGGAAGUAAAGUAUUUAACAAAGCUGCAAUAAUCUCAACUGCACUAAAAAUUUAUAUCGAAAUGAAAUCUGUCUGAACAUUUACUAUAAAUGGAGCAACAAAG